AUGAAAGAUGCUCUGAAUAAUUUCUAAAGAGUAUUAGAAGAAAACAAAAAAAAUGGAGUAUAAGACAUACCAAGAUAAGAAAUAUAAAAGUGUUUGAUUCCAGCAUAAGGAUAAUUAAGAUCUGCUAAAUUUCAUAUUUCCUUUAUAUCCUUUCUACUCAAACUAAUCAAUUUGAAAGUUAUUAAUGAUGUAAUUGAACACUUCUAAUUUAUUAGAUUUAAAUGAUUGAGGAUGUUCUUGAUUAUUUUUUGAAAAUUAAAGAUAUACAAAAAGAAGAACUUUAUUAUAAACUUAUCUAAAGCUUUAAUACUUUUAUACAUUCAGAUUUUAUCAAUUUUGGCAAUUUUAGUUUUGUUGAAAAAGUAGAAUAAUCAUUCAUUUUUUUUAGUGUUUAACCUUGGUAUUAUAUAUGAAGAAUUCUAAAAUCCCUAUAAUUCAUGGACCAGCUGCUGCUUCCUUAUCAAGACUAAUUGAAUUACUUUCAGAUUCAACACAAUUAAUUAUUGCAGGAUAAGGUUUUGAUGAAAUGAAUGUUGUUUUAGAUUUAGAUAAUCAAUAAGAAUAAAAUUAGUAAUAAAUGACCUAACCAAUUGAUCAUUCUAAAGAAUUUUAAAAUUUACAUUCUAUGUUAUCAGAUUUUAUCAAAUUAAGUGAUAAUGUAAGACCUCAUUGGUAUCCACUUUUGGUUCCAUUAGAUAGAGAAUUUGGAUUAAUUAGCAUUAAUAAUUUUCUUAGUAGUAUGGGGAAAUUCUUUCUCUAGUAUAAAACAAUUUAAGAAUUAUUAAGUGAUAAUCUAAUGUUAAUUUUAAAGAAGAUUAUUGCUACUCCAUAAUUAAAAAGCUCUGCUGUUAUUGAAACUUAUAAAUGUUUAAAAAUAUUAGUUGAAAAUGAAUAAUCAGAAGUUGUUUGGAGUGUUUUAUUAAAUUAAAUUAAAUAAAAUGAGCAUUCAAUUAAUAAAAAUCUAGCAUUCUAAACAUUAAUUUAUUUUGUUUAAAAUCAAGUAUUUUUGAAUAAAUUAGUUUUAUUACUAAACAAUGAUAAAGUAAAUAAAUAAUCGAAUUAUAAAAUAGAACAUUAUUUUAGAGAUUAUAACAACAUUAUCGAAUAUCGCUAAAGAAGUAUAAGAACCAAAUGAAAUAGAAUAAAAAAGGUUAAUUGAAUUAGCCAAUCCUACAAUUAAUUUAGUAGAUGAUUGUGAAGUAUAUCCUAGUGAUAAUGGUUUAGUUUGUAGAAUGUUGAGUGAAUUUUAAUCAAGAUUUGUAAAUUCAUUAUGUGUUUAUGCUGAUUAAUAAAAAAUAUCAUUAGGAAACAUUAUUAAAUUAUAAUCAACUGAUAAAUUCUGUUAGCUUAUAGAAUUAACUUGGAAACAUAAUUUAAGAGCUAUUAAAUAUCUAUUAAUGAAAGAACUAGAUGAAUAAACAUUAUAAAAUCUAUUAAUUGCUUUUCAAUAAUAUAUUAAUAUUGUAGGAUCAAUUUAAAUGAAAUCUGCAUAGAGUGCUUUCAUAAAGACUAUCUGUGAAUUUUGUAAACCUGUAUUAGGAUAGGAAUUUGCUAAAAAACAUAUACAAAUAAAUAAAAUGGUAUUAAAUAUUGCGAAUUGUUUAGGAAGUAUGAUUAUUUAUAAACAUAGAUUUAUUGGAAUGUAGUAGUUGGAUAUGUAUUUUUAAAACUUUUGAAGAAUGUGAAAAUCAUUAUCUAAGGAAUAGGCUAGCAAAGAACUCAAGUUAAGAAGAAUAAAUCAAAACAUUUGAUAUAACAAUUCUUUUUUAAAGUUUAGAUUAACUAUUUUCUCAAAGUCCCACUUAUGGUAAUGAACAUUUGAUUACUGUUAUGGAUUCAAUAAAUUAGAUAACAAUUGAAUGUUUAGAAUAAUAAUAAAUUAAUGAUUAAAAAAAAUAAAAUUUAUUUGGGGAAUAGAAAAAAUAUUUUUCACUUUCUAAAUUACUUGAAUUAAUUAAAUUUAAUGUUUUUAGAUUAGAUGUUUUUUGGGAAUUGAUUAUUGCUCAUUUUAUAUCGGUAAUAUCAUCACGUAAUACCAAUCUAGUUUUAAAUGCAGCAGAUACUUUAUCUUAAAUCAUUUUUUAAGGUUUUGAACAUUUAACUUAAUUCUACAAAAAGAAUCAAUAAAAUUAAAAUAACUAAUUUAUUAAGGAUAAAUGGUCUAAGAAAGAUUCUAUAUAUUAAUAGACUCUCUUUUAACCAUGGUUAGAUAUGUGCACACUAAGAUAAAAUGAAAUUAAAGAAAUUAUUCUUUCUAAUAUUUUGAAAAUGAUUCAAAAUAAUGGCCAUGAAAUCUCUUAUAAAGGUUGGGAUUCUAUUUUAACAUUAUUAUUAAAUAUUAGUUCAGAGCAAACAUCAUUAUUUGUAAAAUAAGGAUUAGGAUGUAUUGAAUAAAUUAUUAAUUAAUUUCUAUCUAAUUUAGAUGGAAGAUAAAUAUUCCAAUUAUUUGAUAUUAUAGAUAAUUUCAAAUCAAAUUCAAGUAAUAUAUUUGAUUAUUUAUUUUUAGAUGAAUAGAAUAUUAAUUUUUAAAUUUGUAAUAUGCUUUGGCAUCUUGGAGAUUUUAUAACUAAAAAUAAUUCAAACUAAGAUAAAUCAAAUUAAUUAACAAGUGAAUAAUUAGAAAUAAAUUUAAAGGAAAUAUUUCAAAAAUUAUCUUUAAUUGCACUUGAUCCGAUUCCUGAAAUAAGACAUUCUGCUAUUCAUAUUUUUAGUAAUCUAUUAAUUCAUUUAAAUUCAUAAAAUUAAUAUCUUGAAUGGAAAAAAAUUUUAGAAGAGAUAUUUUUAGAAUUAAUGCACAAAAUAACUCAUAUAUUUUAGGAUAAAAACCAAGCAAAAGAACUUGAUGUUUCUUAAUGGGAAGAAACUGUUAAGAGUGUUUAUUAAGCAUUUAUUAAGUUAAUUAAAAAAUAUUUUGUUGUUAUAGAAGAAUCCUCUCCUAAUAAGUAAAUUGAUAUAUUAAUUAUUAUUUAGGGAUUAAGAUAUAGAUAUAUUAAUUCGUUAAUCUAUUCCAGAUUUUUUGAUCGUUUUUUAAUAAAGUAAAGCUUUAUUGAGCAUGGAAGCUACCAAAUAAUUAAGAGAAUUAUUUCUUUAUUAACCUGUCAUUUGUCUUUAAAAUUUUUCAGAGAUUUUAAAUUAAAUAUCUGAAAUAUUUAAUUUUCCUUCAUCAGAUAUCAAAUAUUUAAAAACAGUGAUUCUUCACAUAACUCCUGAUGUUUUGGAACUAUUAAAUGAUAUUUUAAAAUUAUGCAAAGAUAUUUUAAUUGAACAAGUUAUUGAUACUUAUUAUAAAAUUUUGGAAUUUCCAUUAAUUGCACAUAUGAAAGUUGAUUUAAUUCAAAACAAAAUAUUUUUUGAAGAUAAUUUAGCACCAAAAUAAAUAAUGCAAACUCUAUCCUAUACUUUAUCAAAAUAAAGUCCAAAAUUAAUCUCUAGAAUUAUUUACAAUGUCAAAGAAUUAAUUAAAGAUCCUCCAAAUGAUAAAUAUAAGCAUAUGCUUUUAAAAAGGCAUUUCUCUCAAUUUAAUUUAAUGUUGGAUAAUAAUCUUUAAUUAUUCUUUUAAUUUUCAGAGUUAUAUGAACACAUCUUAAUUACAAUGAGAAAUAAUGAUUAAUAUAUUUAUUAUUCAGAAUUACUUAACGAAGAUAAGUCUAUUUAUAUGUUAAUGGCUGAAAAUUAUUUAUAAAGAGCAAAAGUUUAUCUUUAAACAAAUAAACAAGAUUCACUUAAGAUACUUUAAGUUUUAUAGUAAGUUUUACCAGAUAAACUCUUUUUGGAUAAACAAUAAUCUUAAAAUAAAAAUUUACAAACAGAAAAUUAAUCAUUAGAAUUAUAUUAUAUUGAAUUAAUAACAGAAAUUUAUAGAAGCAAUCUUUAAUUGUCAGAAACUACAGAAUUUUAGUAAUUUAUAUAAAAAUUGCAUGAAAUGUCUACGAAUUCUUAGAUAGCAAUAAAUAAACUAUGUUUAUUGUCUUAAAAUUAAUUUGUCAUACCAUAUUUAUUAGAUGCAAGUUAAAAAAUAUUGGAGAAAGGAAUAACAAAUGAAGAGAAUAAUUAAAAAACAAUUUUAGAUUUAUUAAAUAAUCUCAAAUAGAUUUCUAUUCCUGAUAAUUCAUUUCUAUUAUUUUAGUAAUUGAGUGGUGAUUUUAUAGCAUAUCCAGAGACAUCUCUUUUAUAGAGUGAAUUGGGUCAUCUAUUUUAUUUAAUGCCUUAAUUAGUAUAAAUAAUUACACAUAAAUCAGAAGAAGUAAGAAUAAUAGUAAAAUAAAUAUUGGAAUAGAUGUCUAAAAUUAUUUUAAAAUAAUAAAAAUGAG